UUUUUUUUAAUUCUUGUAGCUUUCCAGGAUAUCUCCAAUUAGUUAAUAGUAGGUGAAAAAAUUCUUAAAAUGACUUUAAUACUCUUUCUUUCUUAAAAUUUAUGUGCAACACAUUCCUUUGUCUUGUUUAAAACUACUGCAGGUGGGACGCUGAGUGAGAGAGUGCUUUUUCCACAGGUCUCAGCCACCUUUGCAGCCAGUCUGGUCAGCAGCCCGGCCAUUGGAGCAUACCUCUCAGCCAGAUAUGGAGACAGCCUCGUUGUGCAAGUGGCCACAGUGGUGGCUCUUCUGGACAUCUGCUUCAUCUUAUUGGCUGUUCCAGAAUCUUUCUCAGAGAAAAUGAGACCACUCUCCUGGGGAGCUCAGAUUUCUUGGAAACAAGCAGACCCUUUUGCGUCACUGAAGAAAGUUGGAAAAGAUUCUACCGUGUUACUAAUCUGCAUCACCGUGUUUCUUUCCUACCUUCCUGAAGCUGGACAGUAUUCAAGUUUUUUUCUCUAUCUCAGGCAGAGAGAGGGGAAGGGAGAGAGGGAGAGAAACAUUGAUGGGAGAGAAACAACAAUCAGCUGCCCCCUGUACGCACCAGACCGGGGACUGGACUCGAAACCUCUUGGUACACGGGACGAUGCUCUAGCGACUGAGCCACCCGACCAGAGCCAUGUGUAGAACUCUUAACUCAGUGACGAAAAGACAGCUAACUCAGCUGAAAACUGGACAAAGGAUUUUAAAUAGCUACUUCUCCAAGGAAGAUAUGCAAAUGGCCAAUAAACACACCAAAAGUUGCUUCACAUCAGUAGCCAUCAAGGAAAUGCAAAUCGAAACAACGAGAUACCACUUUACACCUGCUGAGGUGGCUUUAAUCAAGAAGAUGACAAGGCUAUGGAGCAGCGGGAAUCUUCAUAAUCUAGUGGGAAUGUAAAAUGGUGUAGCCACUGUGCGAAGGAGUCUGGGAGGUCCUCAAAGUGUUCGUCGUAGGCUUCCUAUCAAAUCUAGACUUAGGUAUAUAGCCAAGAGAAAUGGAAAAAGCAUGUCUAUACAGAAACUAUGCAAAUUAUUAUUCAUAACAGCCUAAAAGUAGAAACAACCCAAAUGUCUAUCGACUCAUUAAAUGGAUCAAGGCAUGUGGCAUAUCAAUACAAUGGAAUGUUAUUACUUGGCAAUAAAAAGCAAUGAAGCACUGAUAACACAACAACAUGAGUGAACUUUGAAAACAUGCUAAAUGGAAGAAGCCAGGACCAUAUACUGUACGACACCAUUUGCAUGAAAUGCUCAGAAUAAACAAAUCCAUAGAGACAGGAAGCAGAUUUCUGGCUGGGUGGAGGCGUAGGCCAGGAGAACGGGGUGUUUCUUUGAGGAGUGAUGAGAUCUUCUAAAAUUGAUUGUGAUAUCACUGUCCAACUCUGAAUAUAUAAAACCAUUGAAUUGUACGCUUAUAAUGGGGGAAUUGUGUAGCAUUUAUGUUCUAUCUCAAUAGAACUUUAAAAAUAUGCUCAUUUACAAAUGUAGGCAGAGAAAUAAUACUUAAAACCACAUUUUUGGUUUCUAAUUUUUUAAAACUCAAAUAUGAUUAGCAACUAAUAGAAUAUUGUUAAUGUUAGCAGCACUGAUGUUGGAAACGGGAUCUAGCGCACUUGUGUGACGUGAAGGAGGCAGUCGCUUAUGAAAUAAGGGUGCAUAAUGUCCUCAAUAAUUGUUUCCCUUUCUUUCUCAUGCGUUCUCUUUUGUCUGCUUAUACUUGCUUCUUUGCUCUUUAAAGUAAUUUUGUUAAACUGUGAAGGAACUGGUUUUGUUUUUUCCAUCAGCUUAUUGGCUGCAAAUUUCAGUGCCUACCCUGGAGAUUACCUCUUGUGUCUAUGAUACAUUGACCUCUAAUGAAGUAAUACUAUUGGCAUUUCCUACUUUAUUUAAGGACCUUUGACUCUCUUAAUCAUCCUGAGUUAUAUGCGGUUGGCAAAAGUAGGUUUCAGUUGUACAAAUACAUAAUACAAUAAUUAAUAAAUAAUAAUACAUCAAUAAACUCUGUUUUGCAUACUCACAACUGUAAGUACUUUUGCCCACCACUGUAUGUUCUUGUCAAGUAAUUUCUGUGUCGUUUUUUUUUGAGAUUCUUUUUUUU